AUGAACCUCGGCAUUCUGCGUGACCCAGGCUCAGAGGUGGAAGAUCGUCAGUAUCAAAUCGACCUUCAGUCCCUCAACAUCGGGACUGCUCAGUGGGAGCAACUCAAGCCAGAGAAGGAGGGGGUCAAAGGAGGUGUGACAGCAGAGAAUGAGAGGAGCUCCCAGAAUCCUGCCCUAGAGUGGAACAUGGCUAGCAGUAUCAGGCGCCACCAGGAGCGUCGAGCCAUUCUCACACCGAUCCUCACAGACUUCUCCGUCCGGGUGACUGCUGCCCCGGCCAUCAUCUUCAGCAAGAAUCUGUCUCCAGACGGUGGACAGACCGAGGAAGUGGUGGUGUGUGGCCACUCUCUGGAGGUGAAUGUGACCAGCAGUCUGGAUUUCUACCUCAGUGUUGCCCAGGUGCAGCUCCUGCAGCAGCUUCUCAGAGACAACAUGGUGGGCCAAAAUGCUCCAGAGAAAAGUGCCCAGGCACGUCGACAAGAACAGAAGUGUGGCCAUCAAGAUCCUGCAACAGUCGGUGACUCUUCAUCACGAUAUAGUGGGACAGGACAGGACAGCGGUUUUGGCAGUGACAGUGCUCGCAUUCGGAUUGUCCAAAUAGAGCAACAGAGUGGGGCCAGCCACCACUGCAUUGCCAGGCCCUCACGGAAAUCCACAAUUACCAAGAACCUCAACUUCAUCCCUUUUGACAUAUUUCUCACUGCCAGUAAACUAUCUGUUAUGACUUAUGUCUGCUCUAGUACCCCUAAAGCUUUAACUACAUUGACUGAUACACCCAGCACACCAGAGAAAAGGGAACUCGGGGAUAAGGUGGGAAAGAGUGUCCUCAACCAUCCUGAAAUUGUGUCCGAGUCUCCUCCACCUUCGACCUCGCCAACCUCUGAUCAAACCCCAGUUGCCCAGAGUUCGCUUGCUGGCCUGACAGCUGAGGACAUCCUGAACAGCAACACCUCUCAGCCAGCUUCUCCGCUACUAAAAAGAAGCUUUUUCUCAAUUGAUGGCCUCCCCACUCCAACCCGUUCCUCAGCCCGCCAGUCACUGGGUAUUACCAUAGUGAGGCAACCAGGAAGACGAGGAGCUGGGGACCAGUUGUUGGAACCCCUCUUGUACCUCCAGGUUAUACAGCCUUCUAUUCUGCUCAGUUGUCACCAUCGAAAGCAGAGGAUGGAGCUGUCUGUUUUUGACGUGUUCCUGAAAGGAGUAUCUUCCAACUAUAAGUGCCUGGAUCCUGGAAAGACUCUGCCAGAACCUUUGGACUACAAUGUGUUUUGGCUGCAGACAGUAACAGGAGAGGUUGAUAGUAAAACGGGUAUUCCUCCUCCUCUGCUUUGCUUCCAGAUAAAAGAUUUCCUCAAUGGACCAGCCGAGCUGAACGUAGAUCUCUUUCGUCCCCUGAAAAUCAGUCCCACUUUGGCAAAGCUGGAACAGGCCAAAGCCUACCUGCAGAAAGUGCUGCCAGCCUCCACCGGGGACACCUCCAGUAAACCACCGUCUGCUUCAUCCUCUCCUCAACCAUCUCCUAAAAAGACUCCUCACAGGGUGUUUCCUCCUCGUUCUGACCCGCACCACGAGGCCUCGGCCCAGAGUACAGGCAGUUCUGUAAGGGCUCUGGCACUGUCCUUUCACAAGAUCUCCCUUCACACAGCACAGAUUGUUGUUGUCAUGGAGACAGAAACCCAUCCAAUGAGGCCCAACAUCACAGUAUCAUUAUCGGGCUUGACAGGAAGUCUCAGCAUGAAGUCGGGGCCUAAGGUAGAAGCAAACAUUCAUAGCUGCCACCCGUCCCACCCCCUGGUCCACGAAACAUCUGGGGAUCUGUACCUGGUCAUAGCAGCCCCUUGGCCAGGGGACAAGAUGGAGAGAGGGGGGAUUAAGUUGACACACAGUGAAGCCAGAGCCAACCUGAAGAGAGGCACCAGGAGGGCUCAGUCAGACUACAGGAGGAGGAUUGAUGACCAUUUGAACUCUAACAAAUACAGGCAGAGACUGUACUUCUUGAGAGUGCUCACGAGGAACAUCAUCACCCAGAGUCUGCUGGUGUCUUUCUACCAGUGCUCCAUAGAGAGCAUUGUAACAUACUGCAUCAAUGGGUGGUAUUUUAGCUGCACAGUGGCUCAGACAAAAGUGAUCCAGAGAGUUAUCAACACAGCCCCGAAGAUUGUGUGCUGCCCUCUUUUCUCACUGGAAGGUCUACACAGUUGCCACUGCAUAGGAAAAUUCCACAACAUCUUAAAGGACAAAGACUUUUGA